CCACCUUGAUCCAAAAUGUCGUCAGGCGCGUCCUAACAGAAGUUAAGGACGUAACACACUUUACCCCGCGCCUGAUAUCUGUGACGCUGUUGUGGCGGACCUCAGAGCUCGAGCUCAGAACGGCAGCGGGAGAGAAGUCAUCGCUUCUCCUGCUGCAUUUAAUCACACUGCGUAGGUUUACAGCAGGUUAAGCCUGGAACCAGCUGUCAUCCAAGAUGAACCCUUAUGAGUGAAAUUGAGCCCAUUCAGAAAGCUGUUAGCUUCCAGUGGACAAAGCCAUGCCUGAAGAUUAGAGACUCCUCUUGCUUACAGCAAUACAUAUAUACAGAAGAUUCCUCAUGAGUCUUCAAGUAGACCUCCAUGUGUUCGUCCUUCUGGGUUGAAUCCCCCCUUCCUUCUAUAAUAUAAGAUAUAUCCCUUUCAUACCACUCCUUGUGCUCUCAUGUCCACCUGGGAACAUGCAACUGCAUCUGAGAAUGUCUCCAACCUAGUCUCAUGCGUCCAGUGAGUAGAGAGUCAGACGGCCCUGCCCCUGAUAGAGUAUUGCUGGCCUUCCCUGUGUCAAGGCCCAUGUCCUCUGAGAUGUCCUCACUGCAGUCACUUGGGCCAGUACAGAGCUGGCUGGGUCAAGAGCUGGAGAAAUGUGGCAUAGAUGCAAUGAUCUACACCCGCUAUGUCCUUAGCCUGCUACUGCAUGACAGCUAUGAUUAUGACCUGCAGGACCAGGAAAAUGACAUCUUCCUGGGAUGGGAAAAAGGAGCAGGGAAGAAAUGGGGGAAGAGCAAGAGGAAGGGAGGAACUGAUCUAAGUCUGGAAGAGAUGAAGAAACAAGCUGCGGUGCAGUGUUUGCGUUCAGCAUCUGAUGAGAAUUCUGGAAUUGAACGCUUGGUUGAGGAGCUUUGCUCCAAACUCAAGGAUAUUCAAAACAAACAAAAAGAAAAAGAAAUGCAAGGAAACAAAAAAUCAGAUACAUCGCCGUCUCCUGAACUGGAGGAAUCACCUUCUUCAAAGGACCAGGUUGAGAUGUACUACGAAGCCUUUCCACCUCUGUCAGAAAAACCUGUUUGUCUCCAUGAAAUUAUGACCGUGUGGAACAAAGCUAAAGCCUGCACAUAUUCCAGCUCAUCAUCAUCUGCUGUCCCUCAUACAAGUACAGACACAUCCUCUCCAAAAGAUUGCACCAGCGAGAGUGAGGCCUUUAAGGACCGAACACUUGAUACACCCAUCUCUACCACCACCACUACCAGUGAGAAGAUCCAGCAGCGACGCACUAAGAGGGAGAAGGAGAACAGAUUCCAUGGAAGCGAAACAGUAGUUUCUGAUGAUCAGGUUGCUCGUCAUAGUAAGAGGCAGGCCAGACACCGGUCUGAGGGAAGGUUCCGUCCCAGAUCAUGGUCCUCUGGCUCCAGUGAGGCUGGCUCAAGCUCCAGUGGUAACCAGGGUGACCAGACCUCUAGUUGCAAAGCUGUCCGUAUCAGACAAAAGUCUCGAGAGGUCAGCAGCAGAAACAAAAGAGUGCGCAAUAAUGGACAGGUCAAACUGGCCCUAAAAGUUGUUGAUAAAGAGGGGCGGAAAAAUGCACGUGGCAGCAUCAGUACCACUGGACGCCCAUGUAAGCAACAGCAGAACUACAGUAAAAAAUGCAAGAGACCUCUGAGGGAGAUUCGCAAAGAUGCUAAUCUAGUUGAAGCACAGGAGUCAGGAGGAGAUGCCAAUAAAAAGGAAUAUAUGGAGGAACCUCUUUGGUACACAGAGCCCAUCUCUGAGUACUUUAUCCCCCUCAGUAGAAGUAAAUUGGAGACAAAGUAUCGGAGUAAAGAAGCCUCUCCUAAUGAAUUGGCCAUUGAUGUGGACUGUCUGUCAGAGAGAAUUCAAGGAAUUUGUCUUGCAAAUUCUUGUUUUCAACAGACAUACCUUACAGCAGGCACUUUUGUGGAUGGGCACUUUAUUGAAGUGCCUGGUGAAGGUGACGAAGAGGCUACUGAACUAAAUGGGAUUCCAAGCUACCCUCCUCCAGAAGAUGGUCAAGAUUUAGAUGACAAGCAUCUGUCUGAAUUCACUCACUUCUAUGAAGUUGAUCUUUUUCAAUCCAUAUUGGAUCCUAGUGCCUCAGAUGCGGUACAAGAAAGUCGAAUCUUGAACAUGAUUCGCCAGAAGAGCAUUGAGAGAAAACACUUUGAACCUGGGUGUGUAGUUUUAGAUGGCUUAGAGCUGCAAGGGGAAAGUGCAAUAAGAGUUGAUUCUCUGGGAGCCUCAGAAGCUGAUGUUUCUCUCACACAGGAUAUGGAAAACAUUGCACAAGUGUGGGAAUGUUGUUCAUCUUCUAGUUUGGAAGAUUUAGAGGGAGAAAGUUGUGCUGGUGACUCUCCACUUAGGCUCUCCCCAGUGUUGGACAGUGUUCCAUUUAACUUUAGCAAGUUGUCUGGAGCUUUUGUAGGUCCUCAUCUCCAAGAAGCCAGCAGUAGCAUCUCUGCCCUAAAUUCCAGCUUUUCACUUUUUGAGUUGCAUUAUGAUAGCCCCACAUUUACUUUUCCCUAUGAUUCACUCACAGGGGGUCAGGACAAUGUAGAUUCAAGUAGCUGUUUAGAUCCACAAGGAAACAAACAAUCUCGUUUGCUUAUUUGGACCAAAAACAGUGCCUUUGAUGAAACGGAACACUGCUCUAACUUAUCAACAAGGACUUGCAGUCCAUGGUCCCACUCAGAGGAGACACGGUCAGAUAGUGAGCAGAUCAAUGCUUUAGCAGAUGAAUCUGCUCCGUUUGGAAAUGAAGAGGUCAGUUGUAUCCCCCUCAUCCCACAUUCAUACCUGGAGGAAGAGCUUCUGGAUUUCUUGCAAGAGAACUCAAGUCACCAACAGGAUGAAACAAGUUUAGGCACCGAUACUAACCAGCCCUUCAAUAAGAAAUCAAAAUUGGAGUCAGUUUGUGGAAUCGCAUUAGAGCAAGAUGAGAGUAAACUGUAUAAUGCUGUUGUGUUUUCAGAUGUCCCAAAUCAACAAUGUGAUGAAUACACCUCAGGGAUAAUAAAAGAUAUUUGGAUGGCUAUUGGAGACCGAGACUGUGUCUUAACACUUGGGGUAAAGAAUACAGGGGAGCAACUGUUUACAGAGGAGGCUACAUUCGAUCAAUGCAGUUGUCUUGACAAGGAUACAAAAGGUGAAAUUAUUCAAAGGAAAGCUGUGCAACGUUCUGAGUACCAUCUUUGGGAUGGGCAGAAAAAGGACGAGGGACUUCCUAAAAGCAAGCUCUCUAAAAUAAAUGAUGGUGACUAUACAACACCAGCCAAGCCCUGGAAUUGCAAUGCACAGGAUAGCACGUCAUUUAUCCUUGGGGGGGUUUAUGGAGAACUGAAGACGCUAAGUGGUGACAGGGAAUGGGCUAUGAUUCCACCUGGUGAUGCUUGUGGCAGUUUGUUGCAGUGUGCCACAGCCACAUCUUCUGAUAUGGUAACCAUUGCAGGAGCGGAUGUGUUCAUGAACACAAGCAGCUGCUUUGCUCCUGGCCACAGGCCAUUGUGGAGACCUCUUGUGUCCCUUGGUCAAAAUGAGCAAACUACCAGGGGACCAGGGGAUGGUUUGAAUAAGGGAUUUUCUGUUGUCUUCCAUGAAGAUUUACUUGGAUCAUGUGGAGGCUUCCAUGGAGAAGAGGUGGGACUAGAUUACCCGUUUUCAUCUUUUGAUCUAAACAACCCUUUUUCCCAGGUCCUGCAUGUGGAGUGUUCCUUUGAGCCAGAGGAUAUGGCCUCUUUCAGCCCUGGUUUUAAGCCAAAAUCCAUAUUAUGCUCAGACUCCGACAAUGAGCCCUUUUGCCCUUGGUUGUAUGGCAUUAACCGAACUCAGUAUCGGGCCAUUAGAAUUUCUCCAAGGACUCAUUUCCGGCCAAUAUCUGCAUCUGAACUGUCUCCAGGUGGAUGCAGUGAGUCAGAUGUUGAGUCUGAGAAAGAAGUGAGUCUUCCAGUUGGUCCAACAGACCUUUUUGAUGACCCACAGGCUGACCUCAAGCCUCUGGAGGAGGACGCAGAGUGUGAGGGCCCUUAUUAUGGAAAAUCUGAAUUGGAGUCUGGGAAGUUCCUACCCAGAUUAAAGAAGUCUGGCAUGGAGAAGAGUGCCCAGACGUCACUUGAUUCGCAAGAGGGUGGGAGCACCCUUCUGCCAAUUGCUGAACAAGAGAUAUGUGUAUACUGUGAGACGGCAGCAGUGUCAGAAUUGUGUUCUCAUGUGCAUUCCUCAGUUCUUCAACAAAAGGAAUCUUGCAGAGAAACAGAGUCUUGCCAUUGUGUUGCAACUGAUCAGAUUCCAAAAUGUGGGAAGUCACUUGAUGUGGUUCAAGAUAAGCAUGAAUUUCCUUCGUUGAAUUUUGGAGAACAGUGCUUAACUACUAUUCAGCAAGAAGAGUGCUGGUGGCAAAGUACUCUCUGUUCUCCAUUAUUUCCAGGUUCUCAGUGCAGAGGAAGCAGUAAUGUAUGAAUCUUCUGCUGAACACAGAUGCAUACCAAUGCAAUUUUACUCCUGUCACCUUCAACCAUAACCCAAAGGAGGGAUGGGAAGAUACUCACAAGAACAGAAGUGCAGGGCCAACAGUGGGCUUUUACCUAACCACACUGUCCUAAACCCUAUUAAUCUGGUCACCUGUAACAGCACAUAAGCAAGAAAAUUCAGAGAGAGGAAAGACAUGGCAACAGGUUGAACAUACAGUUAGAUGAUUCUGUUCAACGGCAUUUAUUAUUGACUUGUUUUCUGUCUGUUUAUUCCAAGGUUGAUUAAAAAAAAUAAUAAAGGAUUAGUUUAACAUUUAAGAAUGUGUUUUUCUUUUUUUUUACCCCCUAUAGAUUUUAGCUUCUCUUUUACAGUUGAUCUAGGAUACAGGCUAGCUGUGGUCCUUCUGAUUGUGCUUGUGAACCUAGUUUCAGUCCUUCUAAUAGUAUAAGUUUCUGUGACCAAACUAUGAAUACUCAGAAGGUUGAAAGCACUAUGAUUGCCCCCUUCUUUUUCCCAUUAAAUGUGUGACAACUGGGGAUUCUUUAAUAAUAUGGCUUUACUAAUUUGGUAAACAAGAAAAUAACUUAUGAGUGUUUCCAGUAACGGGUGUUCGAUUUUAUGGUCAUUUUCUCCUAACAUUUCUACUGGAAAUCCGUGGCUGGUACAGUGUUUACAGAUACAUACUACUAACAGCAUGGGCAGUACCUAGCAAGAUUUAAAGGAAGAGGGGUGAUUAAAAGCAAUAUAAUAUUUUUUUUUUUUGCACACCAGAACUUCAACAUUAUAAUAUUGUUGUAUUUGAUAUAUUUUGUGUGUUAAAUGCUAAGAGGGACAUACAGAGGUUUUAUUUCUGGGGUGUGUUUUUUUUUGUUGUUGUUUUUGUUGGUUUAUUUCCUUUGUUUUUUUAACCCCCAGUGAAUGAGGCCUAAACUACUUUGUACUUAGUAUGAAAGGUUGCAGGCCUAUAUAUAUAUAUAUAAAAUUUUUUUUUUUUUUUUUUUUUUUUUGUGGGUGUGGAAUGGAAGGUGGUAGAUUUGUGAAACCUUUUUAUGUUUGCGUAAAGAAUUUGGUUUAAAAGUUCUAGAUUCUUCAUUGUUACUUUUCCCAUACUGCAGAUUCUAGUCCUUCACAUUUUGAUCUCCCAUUUUGAAUUCCAUCUUUUACUUUAUCAAUUCUUCUUUUUCUGCUUCGGUUUAGUGUAGAUAACCUUCAUUUAUAGACAACUUGGAUUCAAUGUAUCAUGUCUAGCCUGCCAUCUGCUUGAUUUACUGUAGGCUGAACUGCUCUUUCCCAAUAAUUCAGUUUUUGUGUUUUUUAUGCAUGUAUCUACAUGAAAUGUGUACUACACAAGCAGAUUAUAAAGGGUAUGGAGUAGCAAAAGGAACUUUUGGACUUGGGAACCCUGAAUUAUUUUAAGAGCACGUUCAUCACUUUACAUUGCCUGCAUUAAAAAUAUGUUGGUAUGCAGACUUUUAUAUACCAAAGUGUAAAAUGUGGUCUCAAAGUAUCAAAAUAUUUUAAUAUAUUUAUAUAAAGAUGCUUCUCUUUGUUUUUGUUUUUUAACACUCACAUGUGUUUCUGCAUUGGUAGCAUUUGUUGCCUAAUAUUUUCAUAUAAAGGGGGAUUGGAAUUCAACUAAGAAAUUAUAAAUCUUCAACCACUCAGCAUUUUGACAAACAAAUUCCUUUGAAAUACUAGGCAGGAGGAUUACGUUUUUGCACUUUGUGCUAAUGCCCGUUUGCAUGUUGUUUUGUUGUCUUUUUUUGAGAUACACAAAGACCUUUGGAUUAAAUUGCAAAAAAAAAUUAAAAUUUGUGUACAUUUGUGCUACCAUUCAUACACUACAUCUAAGACGUAAUGUACAAAUUUGGUAUGGCUUAACAAAUGGUGCACUCUUUGUUUUUUUGGGGGAGAAUCUAGAAACAGGUUAGGCCAUGUUCUUCAGACUAGGUCAAGUUCUAGGGUUUGUUCAAGUAUAUGGUUGAAUAGACUGUAUGGAAAGGGCUGUGAUUGUAACCUUGCAGAGAAUUUAUUUGGUGUGGCUCAGUUUUAUAGUUUGAAUCUGCUUGUUUGUUUUUCUUUAUUUGCUCCAUCUUGUGGCUAUGGAAUUGUGAUUAAAGUUUUACAAAGAUUAUAUAACAUUCAGUUCUAACAAAUGUAUAGCGGUAGAAGCCCAGUGUAAUGGGUUACAAUUAACAUGUUACGUUGCAGUUCCAUUCUUCUAAUUUGAAAUCCUGUCAACAAUUCUAAAAUGCUGUUAGACAUAGUUGGUAUUGCAUUUUUUUAUUCGAUACCUACUUCAUUCUUGUCCUCUUGAGCACUUUGAAAAGUUCCAUCCUUCAUAGGCAUUCUUUUAAGACAUUUGUAUUAGAUGGGCUUAUAUUAAUUAAGAAGUUUGUUUUAGGGUGUCAGAGGACAAUAUUUUAAUUUUAAACAUUUUGAGAAAAGACAGAAAUAUUACGUUAGUAAAUGUGUAUGACAGUCAAGUAUCACAGAAAAGCAUAUAGGCAGAUGAUUGCAAGCUACGGACAUUUGUUAUACAGUUCCUCAUUUUGUUUGAACUGAGUAUUUCAUAAUGUUUGAACAAAUAAAAAAAGAAGUGAAAUACAAAGUUUUAUUUGAUCAUCUUUCAAAGCUGUAUUUUGUGUGUAUGUGUGUUAGUUUGGGUGCUGUAGAGAGACUUAAGUCAGUAUAUGUGGAAGACUGAAAACUGAUUAAUUUGCCAUCUUGUAUUUUUUUUCUCCUCAAGGUUUUAGUUUGGUUCUGUAUUUUGGAAGGUGUUGCCACACAAAUUUGUGCAUUUUAAAG